AUGUAUCAAAGUACGUUACAAUUUUUGACCAGCCAUCGAGAAAAGAUGUUGAAAAGUAUAAACAACAAUCAAAAUUCUUUUUCGAUGGAAAACCUCUUGUCCAACGGUAAAUUAUCUCCUGAGAAUUUAGAAACUAGUAAAGAUUCAGAAGAAUUCAAAAAUUCCCACCAAAACAAAAUCGAGGAUGACGACGACAGAUUAUCGCCUAUAUCUUCGGGUAGUUUACAAGCUGAAAAAAAUGACGUUUUCUUGAGGUUUAAUAGUUGUUUGAGAAAUAGGUUAUGUUCGAACUGUGGAAGAUUAGACUGUAAUUUUAUUCAAUGUAGAUUAAGUGAAGGUGUUAAAGAUUCUAAACCGGUAUUGAAGUUUAGUGUAAGUGCCAUUUUGGGUGAUGAUAAAACGCAACAAAGAAAUAGUAAUAACAAUAAUGAUAAUUUAGUGCACGUUACGACAACAGCGGCGCCGACGGGUCCACCUAGUUUAUUAGGCCUCUCGACCUACCUCAACAAUCAUUCAACUUCGAUAGCUAAACCUGUUGCGAGUAGACCACCGCAUUUUAAUCCUCACCUAUUACUAGCAGCGCACUGUAGGCCGCAACCUUAUUUAACAGUAUCCACACCUAUAUCCGGUAACCAUUCGGCUGUUUUUCCUUUACCCGGUUCGUUUCCAUGGGCGCACAGCGGUCGGGGGAAGCCCCGAAGAGGUAUGAUGAGGCGUGCCGUGUUCAGCGAUUUACAACGAAAAGGACUCGAGAGGCGGUUUCAAAUACAAAAAUAUAUCUCGAAACCAGACAGGAAGAAACUUGCCGAAAAGUUAGGAUUAAAAGAUAGUCAGGUGAAAAUUUGGUUCCAAAAUCGGCGUAUGAAAUGGCGCAAUUCCAAAGAAAGAGAACUUCUGGCCGCCGGUGGUUCCCGCGAACAAACCCUCCCCAAUAAAAAUAAUCCACAUCCGGAUCUCAGCGACGCUGACGGUGACAAACCCAAACUAGACCUUAGCGAUAUACAAGAUAUUUCGCCAGCCGGUUCGCCGAUUGAACCAAUGAGUAACGUCGUUCAUACGUCAACUGUCAACUAUCAAAUGUACGACGGAAUGGAUUACGAAAGUUCAAAUGACAGCGACGAAGAGAUAAACGUCACUUGA